GUACAAGACGCUGCACUGAGAGGAGCUGCUGCUGACAUGUGCCUGGCACAGGAAGACACGCUCUACCAAGACCCAUCCUAAUUAACUGCGAGACAAAGGCGGACGCCGUGCAGAAAGCUCAUUAGCCUCCGCGUGUUGGAUACAUGAUCCAGACGGAGUCCUGAAACCUGGGAAGAAGCCAGCCAAGUCUGUCAGAUGCCGGGAGAGCUGAGGGUAUAACGGAUACGCGAUGACCUCUCCGCGCUCCGCCCGUCUGCAGCUGGAUGAGAACUUGCAGCUGAUGCAGGCCGGCUCCGUGAUGAGGAAGGUGAAAUCACGAAACUGGAAGAAACAAAGAUACUUCAAACUGCAGGAGGACUGUAUGACCAUCUGGUACAAGUCCAAGAAGACGGGCAACACCAAGUCCACCUUUUCCAUCAGCGACAUUGAGACCGUGCGGGAGGGACAUCAGUCCGAGAUUCUACAGAGCAUCGCUGACGAGUUCGAGCCGGAGCUUUGUUUCACCAUUGUCUUCUAUGGGCGUCGGGGGAACCUUGACCUGGUUGCAGGCACGGCAGAAGAGGCUCAGUGCUGGAUCCAAGGGCUAGAGAAACUCAUCGAAACUGUGAGGAAUAUGGACCAGAAGGAAAUCCUCGAUCAAUGGAUUUGUGACUGGUUCCAAAAAGCCGACAAGAACCGAGAUGGGAGAAUGAAUUUUAAGGAGGUCCAGGAUCUUCUAAAAAUGAUGAACGUAGACAUGAACGAGCAGCACGCUUUUCGGCUGUUUCAGAUGGCUGACAAGUCGGAGUCCGGGACCCUGGAGGGUGACGAGUUUGUGCUAUUUUACAAAGCUCUGACCCAGCGAGAUGAAGUCCUUAAGAUAUUCCAGGACUUCUCAAAGGAUGGCAAGAAACUGACUCUGUUGGAGUUUGUGGACUUUCUGCGUCAGGAGCAGCAGGAGGUGGACAACACUGAGGAGUUUGCAAUGGAUCUUAUAGCCAGAUAUGAACCUUCAGAGACAGCAAAAAAGCUUCACGCUCUGAGUAUUGACGGCUUCCUGAUCUACUUGUGCUCUGCGGCGGGAUCCAUCUUCAACAUGAGCCAUCAACCUCCGUACCAGGACAUGACGCAGCCGCUGUGCCGUUAUUUCAUCUCGUCCUCCCACAACACCUACCUGAUAGAGGACCAGCUACUGGGGCAGAGCAGCGUGGAAGGUUAUAUCAGGGCAUUAAAAAGGGGCUGUCGGUGCGUCGAGGUGGACACCUGGGAUGGCCCCAAUGGAGAACCCAUUGUAUAUCACGGCCACACCUUUACCUCCAAAAUCUUCUUCAAAGAUGUUAUAUCAGCCAUCAACAAGUAUGCAUUCAGGGUAUCCGACUACCCGGUCAUUCUGUCUUUGGAGAACCACUGCAGCGUGGAGCAGCAAGACACUAUGGCGCAACACCUGAAAAGCAUUCUGGGAGAAAAGCUGGUGGUCAGCACGCUGGACGGACGGAUUCCAGUGCAAUUACCCUCUCCUGAGGAAUUACGAGGAAAAAUCCUCAUAAAAGGCAAGAAGAUUGGGAGGUUGGAGGACAGUUUAGGUGAACCCUCUGAAGAAUCUUACAUGGGAGAAAUCUCAGAGGAAGAAGAUGGUGGUGAUGUGGAUGAGGAGAACAUCCGCGGUGAAGAUAAAAAGAGAUCCAAGAAGUCCAAGGAUCGCCUCUCUCAGGAAUUAUCCGACUGCAUUAUCUACUGUAAAAGCGUCCCCUUCGAGAGCUUCAAGCAUUCUAGGAUUCAGUACAAGCUAUAUGAAAUGUCUUCCUUCACAGAGUAUAAAGCCCGGAAACUUGUGAAAGAACCAGGUGACCUUUCAAUGGAUGAUAGGAUUUAUAAUCCAAAGGCUCCUAAGAACUUGCAUUGGAUAGUUGUAUCAGCUGAAGGGAAUGAAUUUGUCCGACACAACGCCUGGCAACUGACGCGAGUUUACCCCACAGGUCUUCGGACAGACUCCUCAAAUUACAACCCCCAAGACAUGUGGAAUGUGGGAUGUCAAAUGGUGGCCCUCAAUUUCCAGACAGCAGGAGUAGAGAUGGAUCUUAACGAUGGACUUUUUCAACAAAACGGACGUUGCGGUUAUGUUCUGAAACCUUUGUUCAUGAGACAUGUGGAUACCAAUUUUAACCCUGAUUUGCCACAAGACACUGCAGGCUACUUUCCUGUCAACCUAUCCAUACAGGUGAUCAGCGCUCAGCAACUGCCCAAGGAUGAGAACAGUAAAGAGCGCUCCAUCAUAGAUCCUCUGGUUCGAGUGGAAAUAUUUGGGGUUCCCAUUGACCAAUCAAGGCAGGAGACCAAGUACAUAGAGAAUAAUGGAUUUAACCCCAUGUGGUACGAGACACUGCAAUUCAAGAUCCACAUCCCUGAACUGGCCCUCGUGAGGUUCGUGGUAGAAGACUAUGACAAGACCACGAGGAACGAUUUCAUCGGACAGUAUACCCUCCCAUUCAAGAGCAUCAAGUCAGGUUACCGCCACAUCCACCUCCUUUCCAAGGACGGCACUAAAAUCCCACCAGCUUCCCUGUUUGUUUACAUCCGUAUAACAGACAGCGCAAAUCCAGUGCAGGACACAGAGGGUUAAUAGGCCACCACUUGUAUGUCCAGUGACAGUCCUGAAGCUCGGCCUUACUGCUGUUCCGCUAUAUUUUGCACUCCCCCUCCCCCACAGAACGCUAUGUUGUAUAUACUUGUACAUGGUGUUAUUUUUUAUGUAUUUAAUGUACAGAGGUGUACUUGGUGCUAUUCUAUUGAAAAUGUUAUGUUGCUGAUUAACCUAUGAAGAUAGUGUUCCCGCUGUAACCCAAGCCAUGAGCUGGACCUCGGCGCUGCCCCCUGCAGCGUGAACAGUGUUAGCCAUCUUGCAAUAUGACCUCCAUUAAUGGGGUUGUUUGAUCUGCAGAUUGUGGGGCCCCUGGGGGAUAGUCAAUGGCAGGGACCAAACAUGAUCAGAUGGGAUCGCCAGGGCGACCGCAAAGUGAAUAGAUAUUUACGUAAAUGACUGCAAAGGAUCCAUUGACUUCAAUCAGUGCUGGAGACACCCCACCACUUUAGCUUGCAGAGAGGGGCCCCAAUUAAAGGACCCCCCCCCCCCCCCAUUAGCUCAAGGUGCCCUAAUAGGGCAUUUAUCAAUGGGAAAUCUCGCCCAGAAAACCCCUUUAAUGGAGGAAUGUUCAACAAAGGCACCGUGAAGUAUUAAACAGUAUUUUAGAGCGCUCUUCUGACGUGUGUAUCUGCGCUCCGCAGACUGAACUCUCUAUAUACCGUGCUGUCAGUGGAAGGAUGGGGUGACACUUUCCAUAAGGCUAGGUCCACGCAGCCACUUUUGUCGGGGCAUUGCAGUACAAGGUUGUAUGUUGUCAUAGCCUCAACGCAAAAGCCUUGCAUUGCAGCCAUCAGCUUAAAGGGGUAAUCCGCAGGGGCUGUAAACUGAUAAAAUGGGCCCUUAUGUUAGAAGAACCCCCAGAGAUCAGCUGUCAUCUAUGAGAAAACCAGCAAGUAAGAACCUAUAGCACCACCACAAUUCUUACUGAAAUCAGCAGGUUGCCCAUGUAAUGCAUGGAUAUGCUGGGUCCUCCAGAGCAAGUGACACGCUUUGUAGACGGUCUUGCCUCAUAAUUAUGUUAUAAUUAAUUGCUUAAUAUACCCAUUAUACAGGGCUCCAAAUCUUGGGCAUUUAUAAAACAUAGUAUUUUGGCUACCUGCAGCCACCGCUAGGGGGAGCACUAAACUUGCUGCUUACUGUCUUAUUAUAGAUUUCAAUGUAUACAGUUCUGAGCUCCCCCUAGUGGUGGCUGGAGGCAGACAGAUUUGUAUAUUUUUUUUUUUAAGUGUGAGUUGUUCUGCUGAACAUGCUCCCCUAUAGAAAUGUAUUAUUACAAAUAGGUUACACAAAACAUAGACAUACACAUAAAUGGUAAAUAGACCCAGAAAGAGUAAGUAAAAACCCACUCAGUGUACAUAGAUACACCAAACACCAAAAAUGAACUGAGAUUAAACGGGUAUAUCGUCAAAAAAUAAAUCCUUUAUUGAAUAAAUAACAUAUAUGAACGAGAACGUGAUACAACAGAUAAGUAAAUGACUGCAUCUGAGGAGGCAUAUCAGCACAGGUGAAACACUAAAAGGGAAGGAAUGGAGUACAGGAAUAGAGGCAAAAAAGGAGAGUACAAUGGGUGCCUCAAUAUUGCCUGCAAGUCCGUGACCACAAUUACUUUGUAUAUAUAGGGGCAAAAAAACACCAAAAGAUACUAAAGUGCAAGUGCAUAUAAUGAGACACCACAUCAAUAAAUGGUCACAGACUACACAGCAAUAUACGGAUGUGUAAUGGUUCCAGUAAAUAUGUAUAUAUGGGAACAUACAACAACUAAAAAAAGUUAAAUGGCAAAUGCAUAAGAGAUCACCACAUCAAUGGUCAAAUACCACAGAGAAAUAUAGAUAUAUAGUGACAGCUUAAAACUCCAUAUACAUAAUAAUAUGGCUGAGGUACACAAGCAACGUUCGCUCAUGGAUAACCUAAGUGGGUAUAGCUAAGUACCAGAGCCAGUAAACACAUCCCCAAAGAUUCACCAGAGCAUAAAAUGUUUACAUACCCAUGAUAUGGGGAUAUACACCUCAGGAGAGACCUACGGACUCUGCCGUCAGCGUUUUUUGGAGCAAUUUUUUCCACAAGGAUUUUCUGGUAUUGCACCAUUUUGCUCGUCCUCUCCACCACAGGAAUGAGAGAUGAGAAGUUCUCUUUGUAGC